GGCCCCUUUCAAUUUGGUCUUCCUCGGCAGGAGUCUCCCACCAUCACCGUCAUUGUACCUGAUUUCAUGAUGUUCAAUAGGGCAGCAAUGGCAAGAAUGGAUCCCGCUGGCUUCGAGUCUUUCUGUGAGCGUUUAAAAGUGAUUCAAACCAAGGAGAAUAGAAUAGUAUCGUUACAAGUCCAUGAGCGAUUAUUGUCGUACCUUCGGGAAAUGAUGCAGUCACUUGCUGGUUCUGAAGCUGGGAAUGCCUUUCACAUGUACUACUCAAUUAUCGCUAAAUAUAAGGAGUCUGGCAUAGUGCAAUUUAUGGAAAGACAUGCGUGUGAUGAUGGUGAUGUUUGCUCAGCACAGACGAUUAACUGCUUUUCUGGACUUCGCAGACACUAUCAUCCUGCGACCAUCCUCAUUUACAUGUCAAGUAAGAUCUACUUAUACUGUGUUAUCUUUAGAAUCGGAAGCUUUGUUUGUUGCUUUUCCUCAGCGCCCUAA